UCUGCCAUCCACUUUAAUUCCAUUUCCCUUCUUCCUAAUUUUGUGUCGUUCCUAAUCAGUCAUCCUAUGCCCAUUUUUAGCUGCUUCUACUUUGCUUUUUUUCUUUUUCUCUAUGUUCGAGUAUAUCUAUUUUUUUUAAGAUGGAAUUUUAGAUUAUUUAAUUGCAGAUUCUUUAAAAGAAGGUGUACCCCUCCUGUAUGUCUUCAAGCAUUUCGACAGUGUUACUUGUAAAUUUAGGGGGACUGACCGGGUAAGGACUGCAUAGAAACUGCUUGCUCUACUCAUCUGAUUGGUGUCUCAUGUUUAGAGGUUUAGUCGCUUCUGGCGAUCAACAACUGAUAUGCAAUUGACCGCUCAUUCUGGCUUGCCAUGCAUCUCUUUUUCUACUUAAUUUUUCACAAAGAUGAUUAUACAGGAUCAUAAAUAAUGGUAAAGGAGAAGGGAGAGCACUGAUAUUGAAGACCUGUUCAUUGCUUAUAUUACUGAGGUUGUUCACAAGAGAUAUCAAAGUAUUGACACAGAACUUGCCAACUUGGUGCUGUAGUUGAGGCUGAUUUGAAAAGCCCUUUGUACAACCUGUAGACGACAAUCCCUUUCUUUACGUGUGAAAUCUCCCGUAGUGUAAUUUCAGGUACCGUCUUUCUCAGUUUCUUUCUCACUGGUUGUCUCUCUGAACUGCUUUAUCGCUCUAUUUGGGUUUGUUGUUCUGACACAUCUUAACCACUUUUUAUUUUUAUCUUUGUGGGGCAGGUGAAUUUCUUGAAUAUGAUGCUAUAAACUUGAUUAAGCAAACCUAGAGCUUAAAAUAUGAUGUGUUGUCUCAUUUGCUUCCAAAAGAUAUGAAUUACUAAUCUAAUUUGGUUAUGUUGGUGUAUUUACUUAUGCAGCCAGUUCUUAAACAAAAUUACCUAUAAAAAUAACUUACAUCCUUAAAGAAAACGCUUGCUGCGUGAUCCCUCAUGCCCUAUGUCAUUGAAACAACUAAACAAGAAGAUUUCAUAUACUGGGAUUCUUGUAAGCUUCUCGAAGGCAUGCAAACUCAAAGCUUUUUUAGUACUCUGUGAAAACCGAGUUGAUGUGAGUAUAGAAAUCAUAGGCUGCUCAUACUUCACAUUUUUUAUACUUCUGCAGUUCAUCCUUACUUCCUGAACGCAAAAUACAAUUAACAUUAGCCUAUCAAGCAUUAUCGAUGCAUGUUUGAUCUCAGAUAUUGUUCAGCUGAGGUAUAAUGCUACUUUAGAUUGCUGCUUUGGUACAUGAACACCUGCCAACACUUGCACUUGCACUUGCAUGGUUGAAGUAGGUAUUAGCAUCUAUUACUUUCUUUAAAUCGUACAGUGAUUAUUAGAAAGUAUUUUCCAUAUUGGAAAGGCAUUAAGUAGUAUCUACAUUUUGAGUUCUCUAAUAUUCUUGUGACAAGAUUUUUUAUUGUCAUUGUUAUAUAUGUUGUACAAAGAUCCAACUAACUAAUCCCCUACUCCACCAGUUGAUGUUGCAGGUUGCAUCCUCAUUUUUUGUUUUACUUUUCGGGCUGGUAAGCUCAUGCUCAUGAUUGGAUUGAUUGUUGUCUAUGUGUCUCCUGAAAGAUUUUCAAUAGCAAAUAACUUGUGAUCUCAAGUUGAAGAUGUCUGAGAUGGAGUAAGAUGAAUUGGAAUCAACUAUUCAACUAUGAAGGUUUAUUUAGCUUUAGUAACAACUUUAUCUAGAAAUAAUUAGCAUGAGUAUAUGUAUAAUAUAUUUUGGUUGUAUUACUGGAAUUAGGUGAUAUUCGAGUUGUUUAUAUACAUGGGUAUAGUUCUUGUACAGAAGUUUUAUGACAUUUAAGUGAGCCAUAACCUUUUUCUUAUUUUCCAAGAUUAGAACUGUGUUGGGCCCAGUGCAUUGCACGGGCAUGCCCUUGCUAGUUCUUAGAGAAGAAGAGAGACUACUUCCACCUUAUCUUAUCCACAAACCAAACAGUACCAAGUAGAAACUAGAAUUCAGAUAACUUUUGCCCUUCUAAAAAUAUUUGCCUUUGUCUGGAAUGUAUUCUAUUUUCAUGUCAGAAACACAACCUCCUAUCUCUCUUUUCAUUACUUUGAACGAGCUUCCACACAACUUGACUAUUCCACUAGAUACCUGCAACCUCCUACCAGUACAAGUACCGGUAACUCUGCCCACCUAAACUUAGGCAAGUGAGAAAAAUCACCAAACUUUUUUUUCGUUUAUGUUGAACACUACCUCACUCUUUACCAACAAAAUCUGCAUCAUUAUAUCCUAAGUCGCUAAACCAGUAUGCAGUUUCCAGCCAUAUAAACAGCAAAAAUCUUAAAUACUUCCACUACCCAUCUUCACUUAAAUACCAGGCUUCCUCCGCAACAGGCUUCAACUCGCUGCGAUCUUACCACUUAUGGGAAGCCCUAGGGGCGAAAUCCAGCUAAAUUAUUUGCAUGAUCACACACUAAAGCCAGUUUUCUAGUUUCUUAUGACAAAUUCCGAAGGAAGACAGGACCUCUGCAAGUUAAAAGCAGCAGUAAUUUACUCUCUUCUAUGGGUGAACACUGAAUAUGGUCUGACUGAAAACUUUAAAGGGAAAUCAAGUAAGGAAUGACACUAUUACUCAACUGAAGGGGAUAAUGCAUCGACCAAGCAUAGUCUAAAUCUAUACAAAUGAUGUGAAUAGCAACAAUUACAUAAUUAUUUUGACAUGGGUUGUGGCGUUGCGCUGUGGGUUCAUGAGUUAAUUAGAUUUUAUAUCGCAUGCGAAUUGCCAAAAAAGCUGAAAAGUAUUAAAGAAACUGCAUCACCAUCGACAGGUUCGCCAGUCUGUGGUGUCAUUGAUGGGAAGUUUGAAAGUGGAUAUCUUAUUACAGUGAAGAUCGGUUCUGAAGAUUUUAAAGGUGUUCUAUAUCAGGUUCCAAUCAACACAAUGCAUCAAGAGUUGCAAAAUCAGAAUCUACCUGUUUAUAACACGGGGAAAGCAGCAUCAGCAACUGGAGUAGUUCGAAGAAAGCGUAGGAAGAAAUGUGAAAUUAAGAAGCGCGAUCCUGCACACCCUAAGCCUAACAGAAGUGGUUAUAAUUUUUUCUUCGCAGAGCAACACGCCAGGCUGAAACCUCUCUAUCCUGGGAAGGAUAGGGAGAUUAGUCGGAUGAUAGGUGAAUUGUGGAACAACCUAAACGUACCCGAGAAAAUGAUUUAUCAGGAGAAAGCCUUGCAAGACAAAGAACGAUACAGAUUGGAGAUGGAAGACUAUCGCCAGAGAUUAAAAACAGGGCAAGUUGUUAGUAAUCCGCUACAAAUGCAACUUCCUCUUGAACACAACGUUGAUAUGAUGGAUGUGCAGAGUGAACUUCCAAGUGAAAAUGGAAACGUUUCUUGGAGUCCGGAGUACAGACCAAGUUCCGAUAAAUGUGCACAGAGCAACUGGGAGAACAACAAAGGCACAAACCCGAAUUUAGAUGCGAAGACUCCAAAGGCAACCAACAACGUGGCCGUGGAAGCAUUGAGCGAUGUAGAGGAAUUCGAGUUGCUUAAGAGAGUAGACAUGGUUGAAUGUGAAGAUAAAGAAAUGCAGGAAGAAGAAGAUGAAGCUGAUAAACAAGAACUUCAACAUAGUAAGGAAAAAGUUUUGUUUUUCCUAGAAGAUAAAAGUUUAUUACCAACUAAGGAGAAAAUAUAACAUGGCAUACUUAGUUAGUUAACUUCCUAGAGAUAACACCUAUCUUAACUGUAGUUGCCUAUUGACUUAGUGAUUAUUUGUUGGUCAAUUGUCAAGUUUUUAGCAUAGUUGGGACACAACUUGGAAGUAUGAACCAUUUUGAUGUUAAUGGCACGGGCUUACAUUAAAGAUAACUGUCUUUUGCUCUUCA